GAGAAAGGAACAGAGAGGAACUUUGCUUUCUCCUUGAACGGAUCUCGCUAAGGCUCAGAUCUAGUUCUGUGCCUGUGGAGAAGGAAAAUCCAGGAUGGAUCAGAUUCUUAACAAGGUCGGCUCCUACUGGUUGGGUCAGAAGGCCAACAAGGAGUUCAACUCCGUCGGCGACGAUAUCAACUCACUACAAAACAGUAUUGAAGGAGGGGCAAAAUGGUUGGUUAAUAAAAUUAAAGGAAAAAUGCAAAAGCCAUUGCCUGAACUGCUGAAGGAGUAUGGCCUUCCUAUAGGAAUUUUCCCUCGUGAUGCCACCAAUUAUGAAUUCAAUGAGGAGACAAGAAAGCUUACUGUCUUCAUUCCCUCAAUAUGUGAAGUGGGUUAUAAGGACUCAUCUGUCCUUCGCUUCUUUACCACUGUAACUGGAUAUCUGGAAAAAGGGAAGUUAGCUGAUAUUGAGGGUAUGAAGACAAAAGUGGUGAUAUGGGUAAAGGUAACUUCUAUCUCAGCUGAUGGAUCAAAGCUCCAAGUUACUGCAGGGAUGAAGAAGGCCCGGAGUAGGGAGGCUUAUGAGGUUCUUAGGGAUGGUGUAAGUAUAGAUAAAUUUUGAAGCAGUCAAAAUCCCACCCUGCUCUAUCAUUGCGAACUGGAACUCCUUUGUCAAAGCUUAGUAUAAAGACUAGUUUGGUUGGGACUUGUAUUUCCUGCGAAUAUUGGUUGUUAAUAAUGUGUUACUCCAUGGUAUCAUGUUUAUCAUUUCUCUUGAUAUACAAUUAAGUUCUAUAUGAAGUUUUUGUCAAUGUGUAAAGCAAGUGUUUCAAGAGGUCUCCAAAGCUGCCCUAUUUCGAGAUAC